UCGUAGGUUUUCUCUUCAGAACCAAUUCAAAGACGUAUAUCUGUUUUUCUUCUUUCGCCAAAAAAGACGCUAAAAAUGACAACCUCAAAGCGCGUUGCUGAGAAGAAAGUUGCAAAGUUUCAGAGGAACAUCACAAAGAGGGGAUCAGUUCCGGAAACCUCAUCAAAGAAAGGAUAUGACUUCCCAGUUGGCCCAAUUCUCCUCGGCUUUUUCAUCUUUGUGGUCAUCGGGUCAUCCUUGUUUCAGAUAAUUAGAACAGCGACAAGCGGUGGAAUGGCUUGAGGAAAUAGCUUUGCGUGUAAAAAGGGGAUGUUGUAAUGGGUAUUGCGGGUUGAACAUAGUAAAUUAUGAUGUUGAAAGUGAAGUCAAACGUUGUUGCUUUUCUGUUUAAUAAAUAAUAGCAUCUCCGCUGAGUUUAUGUUGAGUUGUAUCUUUUCAUCCCAGUUUUGGUGUUAAGGGUAUUGGUUCUUCAUAAUAGUAGUUCCAACUUUAUCA